AUGGAGUCCUCCACUAAAGAAGGAAAGGCUGUUAUUUCUUAUGACAAUUACGAUGACAAAUCAAAAUUUUUAGUCUAUAUUAAGUUACGUACCAGUCAGAUGUCAGCGGAUGACGAGUUGAGUACAGUUUUAUCAGUUAUGCCAGAUGAUUGGGAGAAUGAAAUGUAUACAUUUUUAAUCGAUGCUGAAAUACAGGAGUUAACUUUUGAAGCUGUUGUUGAGUUUUUAGAAGAGAAAAUUUCAGAUGAUCAACAACACACGAUUAUGCUAAUCAACAUUUUAGAUUUGUUUAGCAUUACAUUUAGAAAGAAAGAUAAUGCUUUCUCAAAUUUGCACCAUCGGGUCUCCUCAUCUAAAAUUCAACCAAUUAAGCAAUCUAUAUUACGUACCGAUGCGAAAUUCAAGAUUAAACGUUUUCACAAAGGUAGAAAAAGUGACAUUCAGGUCAAGAAUAUGAAAGCGGAUGGUAAUUCAUUGAAGUUAGAGAGUAAGUAUACUAGUCAGAUGAAAAAUAAUGACAAGGGUGAGAAGAAAGAUUAUGUGAAGGAUAAAUAUAGUCAAAAUAAGAAUGAUAAAGGCAGCGUAUCAAAGAGCACAGUAAAAGAUGAUAAUUUCUUUGAUAAUCAAAAAGAAUCAUCAAAAGUUAUUCAAUAUUGGGCUGAUUCAAAGAGAAAUUUUAACAUAUGUAAGACGACAUGCGUCGUACAGGACAAGAUUUUCGAAGUGGGUAUUGAUACUUGUGCCGGAAUUUCUUCAAUGCCCGAAGAAUGGGUAAAGAAAUUGACAAACAUAGAGAUGACGAAUAUACCACCUAUUGUUGUUACAUCUAUUCAUGGUACCACUGGACGGAUUACACAGUGUUUUGAAACAGUAAUAUCGAUUCCUAACCAUAUAGAAAAAGUACCUAUUGUGAUACACAUAAAUUCCAAGAGGUGA